AUGGCCUUCACACCACGUUCCGGAAGGUCGCAGACCAGGUACAGCACCCCGGAGCCCGAUCUCGACGACCACCGCAAUCAGCCGGAAAGUCUCCCCACCGUCGUCGAGCCGCAUCAUGGCCGGCGCCGCGGGACACUCGCCAGCAUUGCGAGUGCCGAACGACCGGAGAGAUCUUCGUCUCCAAAUCCCCGACAGCGACCCACCCUGGAGCAUCUCAACCUCCCCGUCAUGCAAACCUACGGCUCCAUCUCCAGAGACUUCGAGUAUGCCGUGGUCGACGAUGACAAGAGCAUCAAAAAAUGGCACAAGGAAAGACGAGGCUCCGUGGGGCCAGUCGCUGCACGACGGUCCACCUUUCGUCGAGCCGUCCACAACCGCCAGCGAGACAAUGGCCAUCAUUCCCGGGAGUCCUCUAGCGACCGAUCGACUUCGCCCCCAAACUCCGUCGAUGCCUUCGCCCCUCGUCCGAGAGGGCGUGCGGGGACGAUGAACAGCAAGGCCCCAUCAGCGGAGCAUCUGCCUAUGCAUCGCACCGCCUCGAAUGGCACGCGCUCUCGCCGUCCGACAUUUGGAGAUGAAGGGACAGUCGGUGGGCGGACCGAUGUUGCCUCCUGCCACAGCUCCGUCCAAGAAGACGUUUGCUUCCCACCCGAAGAGCCCUCCAAUACAUACACCAUCGACUUCGAGGAUCUGGAGGAGUUUAUUGUGCAAACCCACACCAAGACACCCGUGGCGCACCCGUUCACAUCCUACUUUGAUCCCAUCACCACCGAGCCGCGUGUCUUUCACGAUAUGCGACAAGGCCAUGGCAUACGCGGCCAUUCCGCCUUCCCAGGCGAGAAGUACGGCAGUGGCGCUGUUGAUGCGCCCAAGGAAGUCAACGAGAAAAUUGUCCAGAUUGAGACCGAGUCGGAUGAUUUCAUGGCGCGAAGCCCCAGCCGCGCACUGGACCGCAUCAAUCGCUUUACAUUCUUCUCCUCCGAAAUCGACGAAACGGUCCACGCCCCGGAGCUUGGCGGGCUAUUGAUGCCGGGAGAGACGUUUCGCGACCUCUUCGAACUCGGCCCGGAGGGUGGCGUGUGGUGGCUGGAUAUGCUCAACGCCACCGAGGAAGAGAUCUUUGCCAUCUGUGGAGCCUUUCGCGUCCAUCCGCUCACGAGGGAGGAUAUCACGACGCAGGAGACGCGCGAAAAGGUGGAGCUCUUUAGAAGCUACUAUUUCGUGUGCUUCCGCAGCUUCUACGACCUCGACACGCAGAGUGAGGACUAUCUGGAACCGAUCAACAUCUACGCCGUCGUCUUCCGCGAAGGCCUCCUCACCUUUUCGUUCUGUCAGAACCCGCACGCCGCACACGUCCGCAAGCGUAUUGGACGGCUACGGGACUACGUCAAUCUCUCAGCGGACUGGAUUUGCUACGCCCUGAUUGACGAAAUCGUCGACUCGUUUGCGCCGGUGCUGCGCGAACUGGAGGUUGCGACCGACACCAUCGAAGACUCGGUCUUCACCGCGCGCUUCGAAGACUCCCGUGCCAUCCUCAAGCAGAUUGGCGAAAGCCGGAAGAAGACGAUGGCUCUUAUCCGCCUGCUGGGCGGCAAAGCCGAUGUCAUCCGUGGCUUCGCCAAGAAAUGCACCGAGGCGUACGCGGUGGCGCCGCGCGGAGAUGUCGGCCUCUAUCUGUCCGACGUACAGGAUCACGUGGUGACGAUGAUGUCGAACCUGGGGCAUUUUGAGAAGAUGCUCUCGCGCUCGCACGCGAACCAUCUGUCGCAGAUCACGCUCGGCAACAUUGAGCAAGGCGGGCGUGCGAAUGCGCUCCUGGGCAAGAUUACCGUGUUCGCCACGAUCCUCGUACCGUUAAACUUGGUCGCCGGUCUGUUUGGCAUGAACGUCAAUGUGCCGGGCAAGAAUGAUCAAGGAUUGAACUGGUGGUUUGGAAUUGUCGGAGUCAUGCUGGGCUUCUCGCUGAUUUGUGUGGUUGUUGCGAGGAGGAUGAGGUACUUUUGA